AUGGUCUCUGAGGACGAGGAGCAGGGCUCGUCGCCGGAGUCGGACUCCCCGCCACCGCCUCCGUCGCCGUCGCCAUCGCAGCGGCCGCUGCUGCUGAACCCGGCGUACGCGCAGUGCAAGUCGGUGAUCCACGACGAGCUGCGCAGCUUCCGCGUGUUCCUGCAGUGGUGCGCGCUGGACCACAGCACCCGCGCAGGGCGCGCCGCCUCGUACGCGGCGUUCGUGGCGCUGGCGCUCCUGGUGCCCGCCGCGGUGUCGCUGUCGCUCCGCGCCGACGCCGCGCUGUCCCGGGACUCCGCGUCCGCCAUCACCUUCAACCGCGUGGCGCAGGCCCCCGCCACGGGGCUCGCCGUCAUCUCCUUCGCCACGCUGGCCGCCUUCUUCCGCCGCCUCGGCGGCCUGCGGAAGCUGCUGUUCCUCGACGGCGCGCUCCGCGACGACACCGCCUUCGUCCGGCGCGGGUACGCGCGGGAGCUGGACCGCGCGUUCCGCACCCUGGCCGCGCUCCUGCUCCCGUCGCUCUGCGUGGAGGCCGCGCACAAGGCCGUCUUCUUCUUCUGCACCGUCAGGGUGGAGCCGCCAGCGGCGGUGUUUCCCUUCGCCACGCCGCUGCUGCUGCCGUGGCGCGCGGUGGCGCUGGUCGCCACGGUGGCGUCGUGGGUGUACCGGACAGGGGUGUUCCUGCUGGUGUGCGUGCUGUUCUGCCUCACCUGCGAGCUCCAGAUCCUGCGCUUCGAGGGCAUCUACGGCAUGUUCGACGUGGAGUCGCGCCCCGCCGCCGCCGAGAUCUUCGCGGAGCACCGCCGCAUCCGCACGCAGCUGCUAGCCACCAGCCACCGGUACAGGGUGUUCAUCAUCUGCUGCCUCGUCACCAUCACCGUCAGCCAGCUCGGCGCGCUCCUCGUCGCCCUCUCGUCCAGGGACGCCAAGAGCUUCUCCAACACCGGCGACCUCCUGGUCGGCUCGGCGGUGCAGCUGAGCGGCUUCUUCAUGUGCCUGCUGGGCGCGGCCAGGAUCACGCACAGGGCGCAGAGGAUGGUGUCCAUCGCCAGCCAGUGGCACAUGAGCAUGGAGUCGUCCAUGCACCAUGGCAAAUCGUCCUCGCCGGCCACAACGUCGGCCAGCGACGACGUCGACGCGUCGUCCCACGUCUCCGGCUCGUCGACGACGGCCGUCUCCCAGGCGGAGGCCGGAGCGCCGUGCUCGUACAGGAGCAGACAAGCACUCGUGACGUACCUACGACACAACGGCGGCGGGAUCACCCUGUUCGGCUUCACGCUGGACAGGGGCCUCCUCCACACCAUCUUCGUCUUCGAGAUGACUCUGGUGCUCUGGAUCCUCAGCAAAGUCGUGGUCCUCUAG